GGUGUUAUGCUCGCGCGCGCGGGGCCGCCUCGAGCUCGGGUUGCACUGCCGUUUAUUUUCGGCAUCCGCCGCGCGAGGUCGCCUCGCUCUCCCGCGAGGCGGCAGCGGCAGUCGGGCUGUUUUCGCUUCUGAAAAAGCAGUUUCGAUACAAUUCCCAUUGAACGCUCGCUACUUACCGCUUUUGGUUUAUACCGGAAUACCUACAGGCGAUGGAUUAUUUGUUUUAAAAGGGUAGCACGAGGAUUUAUAAGCCUUCUUGUACCUCCUAAAACCUUGGGUUACCUUUCAUGCAACGAUGACCAGAGAAGAUGAAAUCCCUGACUGGGUGGGAGCACAGGAGUUCUAUGAUAAAUAUGAUCCUAAGGAGAUCCUUGGAAGAGGUGUAAGUAGCGUGGUACGACGCUGUGUGGAUAAGCGCGCAGGUCAGGAAUAUGCUGUUAAGAUCAUUGACAUCACCCCAUCUGACAAGAUGACAACGCAGGAGAUAGAGGAGAUCCGCGAAGCCACCAUCAAGGAAAUCGACAUUCUCAAAAAGGUCUACGGGAAGAAAAAUAUCAUCCAGCUGAAGGACUGCUACGAGUCAAAGGCCUUCUUCUUCCUCGUGUUUGACUUGAUGAAAAGGGGAGAACUGUUUGACUACCUCACAGAAAAGGUUACAUUAAGUGAAAAGGAGACCAGGAAAAUCAUGCGUGCUCUGUUGGAGGUGGUCCAGUGCCUCCACUCCAUGAACAUAGUCCACCGGGACCUGAAGCCAGAGAACAUCCUGCUGGAUGACCAAAUGAACAUCAAGCUGACAGACUUUGGUUUUUCUGUCCAGAUUGAACCUGGUCAAAAACUAAAAGAGGUAUGUGGGACACCUGGUUAUUUGGCACCUGAAAUUAUUGAGUGUUCCACGGACCCUAACCAUCCUGGAUAUGGCACUGCUGUUGAUCUUUGGAGUUCUGGGGUAAUCAUGUACACACUGCUAGCUGGGUCCCCACCCUUCUGGCACAGGAAGCAGAUGUUGAUGCUCAGGAUGAUCUUGGCUGGGAAUUACGAGUUCAGCUCUCCAGAAUGGGAUGACCGCUCGGACACGGUGAAAGAUCUGAUUUCUCGGCUGCUUGUGGUGAACCCAGAGAAACGAUACACAGCCACAGAAGCCUUAAACCACCCCUUCUUUCAAGAGUAUGUUGUGGAGGAGGUGCGGCACUUUAGUCCCUACAGAAAGUUCAAGGUCAUCUGCUUGACAGUUCUUGCCUCAAUGCGCAUUUACUGUAACUAUCGGCGGGCCAAGCCCGUCACCAAAGAGGUGAUAAGGAGCGACCCGUAUGCUGUGAAGCCCAUCCGCAAACUGAUCGACGCCUGCGCCUUCAAGAUCUAUGGACACUGGGUGAAGAAGGGCCAGACACAGAAUCGGGCAGCUCUUUUUGAAAACAGCCCCAAAGCCAUCUUACUUUCAAUAGCAGCAGAGGAAGCUCCACUCAGCAUGUGGUAAUGCAACGGUCUGACCAGUGAACCGAAUGACGUCUUAAUUGAGAAACGAAGGGGUGUUAGCUAAUAGAAUGUUCUGGUUGUUGCAUAUUAGCAAGUGACAUACACAAUUCUCUUUAUUAAAAAAAAA